UCAUACAAGAUGACUGCUCGAAUCUAUCAAGUCCAGCCCGAGUAACCACAUUUACAGACAUUUCAUGUUCUAAAGAUACAGGCCAUAUCAUUAAUACAACCGAGUCAGACAAGUAGAAUAAGGAAACUAUUUAUUUAUGCAAAGCUUUACAGACAAACUAUUAUACGGAAUCAUCUGCUCAGGGCGGCCACAUAUACAGCACACCGAACCGAACCUUCUACCAAUCUGUUCUACAUUAUAAAAAUUCAUAUCUGCUGAUUUCGAAGAUUAGAUCCGGCCCAAAUUCCUUGACAACAUGGGUUUUGUGUUAUAUAGCAAACAUGGUAACAACUGACAUCUUGUGACUCAAACACUUCCUCAAAGUUGGUGAAGAAAAGCGAUCAUGGGAGACUGGGGGUUUCUCUCCGCUUUACUGGACAAGGUCCAGUCUCACUCCACCGUCAUCGGCAAGAUAUGGAUGAGCGUCCUCUUCAUCUUCAGGAUCCUGGUGUUGGGAGCCGGAGCGGAAAACGUGUGGGGGGAUGAGCGCUCAAACUUAGUAUGCAACACCAACACACCCGGUUGCGAGAACGUGUGCUACGACUGGAAGUUCCCCAUCUCACAUAUUCGCUUCUGGGUCAUGCAGAUUAUCUUCAUCUCGACUCCAACUCUGGUGUAUCUGGGCCACGUGGUGCACAUCAUUCACCAGGAGAAUAAAAUGAGAGAGGAGCUUAAAAGUAACCCUAUGGCAAAGUCACCCAAGUAUACAGACGGAAAGGGUAAAGUUGAGAUCAAAGGAAACAUGCUGGGCAGUUACCUGACUCAACUGUUAAUUAAAAUCAUAUUAGAGGUCGCCUUCAUCGUUGGACAAUAUUUUCUGUUUGGAUUCAUCAUGGAACCUAAGUUCCGCUGUGAAGUUAAGCCAUGUACGGUUGUGACGGAGUGUUUCAUGUCUAGGCCCACAGAGAAAACCAUUUUCAUUAUUUUCAUGCUUGUGGUGGCUUGUAUAUCUCUAGCUUUAAAUGUUCUAGAGGUAUUUUAUUUGUGCUGUAAGAUGAUAACUAGGAGAAACCGCAGAUAUGGGGAGGUGUAUGCCCACGAUUCCCGUUAUCCCUCAUAUCCGGUCGAACUUGUGCCUGUUAAUGGGGCGAAGCACAAUGAGAUAAACAUGGCUCUUCAGAAUAGGUUGGGUCAAAGGAAGAUCAGCUUGGACGUAGACCAAGCUGAGUGUUGAUGUUGAUGUGCUAGAUCAUUCAUGUCAUGAAAUAUUUCUGAGAAAAUGCACUCAGCACAAAUACUUAACAUGAACCAUUUUAAUACAAUUAAGAUGACAACAGGGCUUUAAAUCGGUUUACUGUAACUUAUGCACUUGUACACCAGAUGGCGCUAUACUCUUUCAGAGUUGCACACGAAUUUCUUUUGUCGCUACAAAGCCAGUGAUUUUUCCAGUUUCAGUCUUAAUCACUACAAUGAAAAUAACAAAUUAAAUUAAAUCUUUCUAUGAACUAU